UUACUUUGCCUUCGUGGGAGUGUUGUACUACAUUACGCAAACCACUGAAAGACGAGUCGAAAGCAAAGUUCAGGAUUUCAACUCGGUUGCAGUUGACAACAUUCGAGGAUAUCCGUGCGGAUUCCCAACUUUUUUCCCACCCUUGGUUGCGGCGUACUUUUACUUUCCUUGUAUGAAGCGACUCUUUAGUGUGACUCGACUGGCCAGAAAAUAAUCCAUAUCUAGUCAAAGUAUUCAACUGUCACAAAGCGGGACCCGUUCGCUAUAAAUAGCCGGGAUAAGCAGUGGAGGAGACUUCCUUUUGAAAACGUCGCUGGGCACUUUUUUAGUUGUCUUUUUUUGUUUUUUUGGGGGGGGGGGGGGUGGUCAUUGGGAUUCUAUCGCACCACCAUGUCCACCUCCUAUAAGAAGGAAGUAGUGAACUACAGGGACGUGGAUGAGGAUGAACUACUGAAGAAACUCUCAGAGGAAGAGCUACAGAGGCUGGAGGAUGAGCUGGAGGAGUUAGAUCCUGACAAUGCCCUGUUGCCGGCCGGGAUGAGGCAGAAGGAUCAGACCAAGAAGGCGCCGACCGGAACCUUCCAGAGAGAGAACCUGGUAGCCCACCUGGAGAAGCAAGCCAAGGAACACCCUGACAAGGAGGACCUGGUUCCGUUCACUGGAGAGAAGAGAGGUAAAGUCUUUAUACCUAAGGAUAUGGUGGACCCCAUCAUGGAGAACGUAUCUCUGGAGCCAGAGCUGGAGGAGGCACUGGCCAACGCCAGCGACGCUGAGAUCUGCGACAUUGCCGCCAUUCUGGGAAUGCACACUCUGAUGAGUAACCAGCAGUACUACGAGGCUUUGGCCAGCAGCAAUAUAGUCAACAAACAAGGCCUUAACAGUGUUAUCCAGUGUACUCAGUAUAAGCCUGUGCCUGAUGAGCAGCCCAACUCUACUGACGUGGAGGAGACGCUGUUGAGGAUGCAGAGGAAUGACCCUGACCUGCUGGAGGUCAACCUCAACAACAUCAAGAACAUUCCAGUGAAGACACUGAAGGCUUUUGCAGAAUCCCUGAUCGAGAAUACUGUAGUGGAACGCUUCAGCAUGGUGGGAACCAGGAGUAAUAAUCCCGUAGCCUUUGCCCUGGCAGAGAUGCUGAAGGUGAACACCACACUGAAGAGUCUAAACAUAGAAUCCAACUUCAUCACAGGGACGGGUAUCCUGGCUCUCAUUGCCUCACUGCAGUCCAACACAACCCUGCAGGAACUCAAGAUCGACAACCAGAGCCAGCCGCUAGGUAACAAGGUGGAGAUGGAGAUAGCCAGCAUGCUGGAGAAGAACACCACGUUGUUAAAGUUUGGCUACCACUUUACCCAGCAGGGCCCCAGGCUGAGGGGCUCCAACGCCAUGAUGAACAACAAUGACCUGGCUCGGGUAAUCCGAUCUGAUCAUCACUCGGACAAUUCCUUUACCCUCACUCUGUCCGUGCCGGAACUGGAGAGGGCAUUUGGUAAAAAAGUUCAAGCCGAAACUCGCCAAACCCAAGACCAAGAAAUAAGAAAGAGAAGGCUUGAAGGAGGUCCCAUCUUCCCCAAGUGUCGGACAAGUGUGUAGCGCCGUGCCAGGCGGCAGCACUGCCCGGGCCCGCCCAGCCCCGUAUUCAGCCAGACGCACUCCAACAGAUAUCCCAUCAACCCCUGCUUCCGAAACCCUAACCUCGACCCCUCCGCGAUGACAGAAAUCUUUCCAAUUCGAAUGUCAGGGGCUUUGGCAAAUCUUGUUCCUACUGUGGAAUGGAGUUGAUCUACUAUUGUAAAAAAAAAUGUUUUUCCCUUCACAGAUUUCUACUGAUAUCGGUUUAGAUAUCUUCAGUAAUAAUAAUAAUAUCUGGUAAUUGUGACAUAGAGAAGCAGCCCACGUACAGAAAAUAUUUAUUUUGUUGUUAUUUUGUUUACUGGAGAUGAACUUGUUGUGGUUGAAGAUGAAAUGGUGUUACACCCAUAAUGUAUAUUGUACCACAUGCCAAGGGCAGCAGAUAGCCUAACGGUUAAGAGUGAAAGGUCGCCGGUUCAAAUCCCCGAGCCGACUAGGUGGAAAAAAAUCUGACGGAUGUGCCCUUGAGCAAGGCAUUUAAUCCUAAUUGCUCCUGUAAGUCGCUCUGGAUAAGAGCGUCUGUGAAAUGACUCAAAUGUAAAUAACUUAACUUGCUUAUGAUGGUAAUACCACAUUACGGAUUUCAGCAUUUCGCAACCACGUGACUUAAUGUUUUAAGACAAGUUGUUAGUCUGCACUUUGUGCUGUCUGUAAGCAAAGGCACAUAACGGUACAUGGAAGUUAUGUUCAGAGGAAUUGUUAAAGAUUAAAAACAUUUGGGGUGUAAGUUGUUUGUUUGUCAAAGUUGAACCCAUAGAGACAACCACUAAAAGCUGGUCCUAGAUCAGUUUGUCCGCUAUGGUGUAAAUUCUGUAGUAUUACUGAUCUCUAGUCAGUUUAAGUCUUCUCGGUCAAACCUUACACAGAGAGAGGUUGCUACUAAGCGUUGGUUCUAGAUCAGUUUCGUGACGAAGUCGAUAUCUACUUAAGACUGACCAGGUGAAAACUAUGAUCCUUUGUUGAUGUCACUUGUUAAAUCCACUUCAAAUCAGUGUAGAUGAAGGGGAGGAGACCGGUUAAAGAAGGAUUUUGAAGUCUUGAGACAAUUGAGACAUGGAUUGUGUAUGUGUCAUUCAGAGGGUGAAUGGGCAAGACAACAGAUUUAAGUGCCUUUGAACUGGGUAUGGUAGUAGGUGCCAGGUGCACUGGGUUGAGUGUGUCAAGAACUGCAACGCUGCUGUUAUUUUCACGCUCAACAGUCCCUUGUGUAUCAGGAAUGGUCCACCACCCAAAGGACUUCAAACCAACUUGACACAACUGUGGGAAGCAUUGGAGUCAACAUGGGCCAGCGUCCCUGUGGAACACUUUCGACACCUUGUAGAGUCCGUGCCCCGACGAAUUGAGACUGUUCUGAGGGCGAAAGGAGGGGUCAAACUCAUAAGGUGUUCCUAAUGUUUUGUACACUCAGUGAAUACAUGUUUUGUUCACCUGUGUGUUGGUCACUGACGGACAAACCGAUAUAGGACCAGCUCUUAGUGGCCGUCUCUGAAGCUGAUUUGGAAUGAUGACAUGUCAUCAUGGCAAGUUAUGAUUGAUUAUGUAAAUGAUUACUUUAGUUACACAGUAAAGGGAGUUGCAGCAUCCCCCCCACCCCCUCCCCUUUUUUCAGUUACGCUGGUCGAAAUGCUGUCAGUUGAAUGUGUCUUGCAACCCAAAAGUGUGCAAACUAUGAAUUCACUGUCAUCACUCUGUAGCCUAUCAAAGCCCAAGAAAAAGCAUAAAGACAAACGACUUGUCCUGCCUGUUGUAAGAUUCUAUGAGAUUUUUCCUUUAAUGAACACCCCUUCAGGUAUUGUUGCUAUGUGGCCAGGUAUCAGAGUUGUCAUGCACCAUUUGUUUUUGAGGGUAGCACUGAUGACUAAAUUCAAUAUUGUUGUGGUUGUUGUGGGUUAAAAUAAACAAUAUAUAUUGGAUGAGGAUGGAUGAGGGGGAUACGUGCCCCCUCAGAUUCAAAGGGCAUAAUGCUACUGAUUAGGUAUAUUACUGUAUGGUCAAAAGGGACAACUAUAGUGUGUACAACAACCCAUCCCCGUAUGAACUACUGCUGAAUAUGACUGUGUUUUCCUUGCCCUAGCCUGGCUGUUGUUCUUUCUUGAGUAUGAGUAUGUUUUUGUUAAGAUAGUUCACACGAUUGUAUUUUGUUGUUGUUCAUGGAUAAAUCAGGUUUGAAAGUA